CGACUCAGCCCCUUCCCGCCUGAGCCACAAACGGACAGCGCUCUACUAUCCAACCUUGCGCAACGUAGCAGCAUUCUGCUUCGGAACUGUCUUACGAACUGUGUCUCAUAGCCUUGUGUUCUGACCCAAACACUGAACAGGUCGCGAGACUCGCGACUGACUCGCCCAGCCUCAAGUUCCUGUCGACUGGUCUGCCGUCACAUUGGUUCGGGCCAUCUGCGUUCGCUGUGAACAUGCCCAGUCUCACGCAUCGCGCUGGUCCGCGGAACUCCCACUCUCUCUCUUGCUCCUCUUGCCUUGAUCGCCUGCUGCCUAUUCCGUGUUCGGAUGACGCUAUCUCCGGCAUCAACUUGACCGACAAAGACAGUCUAUGUAUUCCAAAGUCUGAUGCGCAGCCGUUGGUUGCGUACGCCAAUCGGCGAAAGAGUACCGUUGACGAAGACCGCUGGAAAACCGAGAUAGUCAAGAAGAUCGUCGAGAUAGAAGACCCACUAGACGCCUUUUUACAAGAGUUCGUGCCUAGCUCAAAGCCAGUGCCCCCGCUUCCUAAGCGGAGAGGCGGCUAUUUUCGCAUUCCGAAGGAUGUCACUGAGCCAGACAUGUAUGAACUCGUCCGGAAGGGCUUCGACAAGCUCGUAGAGAGUUUUCCUGCCGAGAAACGACCGACCUUCUUCAACAACGGACACAAAUCUCUGCCACUCCCUUUCGAAGCCCUACGCGCAGAACACCUCUCAACGAAACCGGAUGUCGUCGCUACCGUUCCGACCAUCCCCAGCGAUACCACAGCGUUGAGAUGGCGCAACAUCGCAUUCGUCAUUGAAGUCAAGGGUGCCGAUGACGACGAUCCGAUGCUCAAUAUCACCGAGAAGCGCAACAGUACGCUGGUCCAGCUCGCGAAAAGCGCACUCAAUCUCAUGCUUGCGCAAGGAAGGUUGUUCGUCCUCCUCGUCGGGAUUUACGGAUCCAAGACACGCAUCUACCGCUUCGACCGUGCUGGCGUAAUCGUCUCGCAGGCGUUCCAAUACGCACGCGGCGAGGGGCCAGCCAUCCUCUACGAGUUUCUCUGGCGGCUCGUUCAUCCACACAACACGGCCUGCAGAGUCGCCGGCGGCGACCCAACGAUCCGUCUCGCGAACAAGAAGGAGCAACAGAAGGCGCAGAACUGGGUGUUCAAUCUGGAUCCCACGUACGAGUUCACGAAUGAAGAUCGGCAAGCAUGUCGCUUCAUCACAGUCAACGACAAGAAGGGCAACUGCAAGACUGACUUCUACGAGGAGAUGAUCGAUGCGAACAUGGAGUUCAUGGGUGUAGUGGAGUACAAGUACGGCGAAGACUUGGGCGCGCCGGAAGCACGGGAGACUCGCCAGCCCAUCGCUUUCCCACUCUCCUCGGAGGCUGAAGCUGAAGUUGCCCGCGACUCGACUGAUGUCGCGGAUGGCGAUGUCACUUCACCUGUCGCCGAGGAACAUGGUCCUCCUGCAGAGGAAGGCGAGACGAGGCGGUCUUCUUUCAACGAGGCUGAUGCAGAAGAUUCAGACGCUGUGACGGCUUAUUCAAUCGCUAGCGAUGCUGCUUGUCAUGUAUCUGACUCGUUGACGUCCCCUCUCACCUCGCUGAGCUCCGAUUCCGACGCUGAACACUACUCUGCGAGGCGCGAUUCCAUCGCGUGCGGCUCCGCCAAUCCAUCGUCGUCUGACUCACUAUCCGUGCUCACACCUAGCCUUUCGCCUGAGUCGAUUGACUCCGACGCCAGCACACCGCCCUUAGGUCACCGCACUACUGUUGGGGUACCGCUGAGACAAUUCAACAGCACGCGAGAGCUUGUGAUCGCACUUCGUGAUGCCAUCGAAGGGCAUCAACGUGCUUAUUAUGCUGGGAUUAUUCAUCAGGAUAUCAGUGAGGGCAACGUCAUGAUCGUUAGGCGCAAGAACGGGUCUGGUGGUUUCCUACAAGAUUUCGAUUGCGCUUUCAGUUGGCGACGUUUUCUGCGACGAUGCGGUUGGCGUGCUACGAAGGAGAGCUGGGAGCAGUACGUACGAACGAAUGAAGGUCAUCUAGACCCGACCCUGGAGCCUCUGAACGCGGACAUUGCAGCCGAGAGGAGGAAGAUGCAUGAUCGCAAGCAGCGCACGGGUACCCUACACUUUAUGGCCAUCGAGGUAGUCAAGGGCCGUGUCACCCACGACGUUCGUCAUGACCUUGAGUCUUUCUACUGGCUUCUGGUGUGGAUGGUUCUCCGUCACGCCCGGCACCAACAUUGUGACGGUAUCCAUGGCUGGCGCCAGUUGUUUGACCACAGCACCGAUGCCACAUCCGCCGGCAGCAAGAUGUUCUGGUUGGAGAGCGAAGAUGUCCUCACUGUCGAAAACAAUCCGCCUCUCAACCGUCUCCUGGAAGAACUUCGUGUGCUAUGCCUUCAGUAUCGCUCCGUGAGCACCCUUCCACAGGCCUCCAUGACUCACGACCAAGUACUAGGGAUCUUCGGGGACGCUUUGGCGAUGGAAGGCUGGCCCGAAGGUGAUGCCGCUCUUGAAUACCAACGUCCACAGCAUGACAAGGAUCAAGAGGGGCUAGAAGCUCGAGACCAGCCCAGAGAGUAUAGCUCUGACAUUGAACCUAGUAGCGAGAGUUCGAGCCUUGGACCAUCUCCCUCCACUCUCCACACUGGCUCUGUAAUGGCUGUCCCCGACUCGGAAGACCCUGCUGAAUACCAGAACGGGCACGACGAUCAACAUCCUGAAGAGCUGAUCCGUGGCCGCAAUCGGAUCCAGCAACAGCCAAGCUCGCAACAAGCGAGGUUUGUGAUUCCCGCAGGACGCCACGGCAAUAUUUCCUUCGAAACAUUACCGUCAUCAGGACAUAACGGAGACAACAGCUCGAAUGAAAGACUGCCUGAUAGCCGUCGAAGGGGCAAUGCUUCGAGGGACGCUGCCUCAAAUCUCGCCACAUCUGCUCGUUGGCAAGCCCAUCUACCAGCACGCCAGACUCAAGACCGAAGGUCGACCCCACCGUUGCCCGAGCGGCCCAUUUGCAGCGCCGACGAACCGGCUACCACCCGUUCUGCAGCCCGCACUAUGCCGCGUCCGCCGCCGACGCCGUCUACAUUACUGGGACGCACUCGGAGUCAAACAGCCAAACUGCGCGCAGCAGUGGCUUCGUCGUCGCAGAGCACUGGCAGGGCGGCUAAGCGAGUUUGCCCUGCGGAAGAUGGUGAACAGGGCGAGUCCCAAGUGUCGAAGCGUCCGAGACAUAAUCUAAGGACAAGUCGCUCAAGUAAUCAUGGGCGCUGGAGUCCGUACGCGUCCCGGAAAGGGAGGGGGCAUCUAAGGCAUUCAUGAUGUACCACUGUUCAGUUCAUGAGAUUGGCUCGUAGAAUCUAUGGGUCAUUGAUGCUGUGUAAUCUCAAGUCCUAUGUAUAAAGCGCAAUUGACACUGGAUGAUUGACAUGUAAUGAGGAGAGUUCGAGUUGUGUACUAUCGUAGUCGACAAUUGGAGUUACUGUUAUGUA